AGAGCCGCCACCUAGGGCGGCCUGGGAAAGUCGCCAGUCAGCAGCGCAGUGGCGGGAACCGCAGCCCGGCGGCCCUGGAACCUCCCAGGAUUUGUUGUUGUAGAGGUCCUUCAGUGUGGACACUUGACUCUGUAGGGAGGGUAUUUCAGUGCAUAUUAGAAAACUCAGAGAAAAGCAAUAAGAAGAAUGAAUUCUCUAAUAAAUGCUCCCCAGAAGAAGCAUACUGUUUCCACAUUUGUACUACAUAAAGUGGAAUAUAUUAGGUCUGUUAUCAUUAAGGAAUGUGGAUGUGGACUUCUCAAAGGAGGAAUGGGAAUAUCUAGACUGUGCUCAGAGGGCAUUGUACAUGGAUGUAAUGCUGGAGAAUUACAACAAUCUAGUCUUUGUGGUACUGGCACAGCAUGAUUUGAAUCCUAGCACUUUGGAUGCUGAUGCAAGAGUAUAUGAGUACCAUCGUAUAUGUGAUAAAUAUGGGAAAGUCUUGGAUCAAAGCACAAAACAUAUUGUCCAUGAGCAUGUGAAUAUCCAAGAGAAGACUUAUAAAUAUAAUGAUCUGGACAAAAUGGUUCAUGAACUCUCCCUGUGUUCACCACAUGACACAAGUGAUACUACAGAAAAUUGCAACAAGUACAGAUUUGCUACUCACAACCACGCCUCUGUUGAAUCAUCAAACAUAAACAGACAUAAAAGUGGGAAGACUGGAGAAGAACACUGCAAAUAUAAAGACUGUAUAACCUGUUUAAAUUUCUGUUCCAUUGUUAUUCAAAAUCAAAGAAUCCAUACAGAAAAUAAAGAACACAAAAGUACAAAGUAUGAUGAAGUAUUUGACGCUAAACACAUGCUGAAACAAACAGGGGAGAAACCUUACAAAUGUAGUGAAUGUGACAAAUCCUUUAUCCAUGGUACAAAUCUUAGAAGACAUCAGGUAGUUCAUACAAGAGUUAAGCCUUACACAUGUAGUGAAUGUGACAAAUCCUUUACUCAAAAAUCCAGUCUUAGAACUCAUCAGAGAGUACAUACAGGAGAGAAACCUUACAAAUGUAGUGAAUGUGAGAAAUCUUUUUCCAUGAAAGUCACUCUUAGAACUCAUCAGAGAAUCCAUACAGGAGAGAAACCUUACAAGUGUAGUGAAUGUGGCAAAUCCUUUACCCAGAAAUCCAGUCUUGGAAUUCAUCAGAGAAUUCAUUCAGGAGAGAAGCCUUACAAAUGUACUGAAUGUGACAAAUCCUUUAGCCUGAAACGCAAUUUUACAUCUCAUCAGAAAAUACAUACAGGGGAGAAACCUUACAAAUGUAGUGAAUGUGACAAGUCCUUUAUCAUGAAAGAGUUUCUUAGAAUUCAUCAGAGAAUUCAUACAGGAGAGAAACCUUACAAGUGUAGUGAAUGUGACAAAUCCUUUACCCAGAAAUCCAGUCUUAGAAGUCAUCAGAGAAUUCAUUCAGGAGAGAAGCCUUACAAAUGUACUGAAUGUGACAAAUCCUUUGCCCUGAAACACAGUCUUAGAGCUCAUCAGAAAAUACAUACAGGGGAGAAACCUUACAAAUGUUCUGAAUGUGAGAAAUCCUUUAGGAGGGCCUCAUCUCUUAGAAUACAUCAGAGAAUUCAUUCAGGAGAAAAGCCUUUCAAAUGUAGUGAAUGUUUCAAAUCCUUUGCCAUGAAACGUAAUCUUACAACUCAUCAGAGAAUACAUACAGGAGAGAAACCUUACAAAUGUUCUGAAUGUGACAAAUCCUUUUCUAAGAAAGUCAGUCUUAAAACUCAUCAGAGAAUUCAUACAGGAGAGAAAGGUUACACAUGUAGUCAAUGUAACAGAUCUUUUACUGAAAGAAGCAGUCUUAGAAUUCAUCAGAGAAUCCAUACAGGAGAGAAACCUUACAAGUGUACUGAAUGUGACAAACCCUUUACCCAUAAAUGCAGUCUUAGAACUCAUCAAAGAAUUCAUUCAGGAGAGAAGCCUUACAAAUGUACCGAAUGUGACAAAUCCUUUACCCUUAAAGGCAGUCUUAAAACUCAUCAGAAAAUCCAUACAGGAGAGAAACCUCACAAAUGCUGUGAAUGUGACAAAUUCUUUAGGAGUGCCUCAUCUCUUAGAACACAUCAGAGAAUUCAUUCAGGAGAAAAGCCUUACGAAUGUAGUCAAUGUGAGAAAUCUUUUAAUCAGAAAACCAAUCUUAGAAAACAUCAAAAAAUUCAUAUGAGAGAAGCCCUGCAACUGUAAUGUAUAUCAAAAUGACAAGUGCAUUUCUACGAAAGCCAAUCUUAGAAUACACCAGAGUAUUCAUAUGAGAGAACCCUUUUAAAUAUUGUUUAUGUAUAAAUCCUCAUCUCUGAGAAGACAUCAGAGAAUACACACAAGAGUGAAAACAUACCAAUUUAUCAAAUGUGAAAAAUCAUUUAUUUACUGUUUGCUCAUCUCUUAGAACAUAUCAGAGAAUUUAUACAGAAGAAAACUUUGCAAAUUGAGUCAAUGUGAGAAAUCGUUUAUCUCUAACACCAGCUUUGGAAGACAUCAAAGAUUCAUACAAAGGAGAAGCUCUAUAAAUGUAAAAUAUGGAGAAAAGCCUUUACCUGCCUCACAUCUAAGUAAACAGUUGAAAAUUCACAUUGGGGAGAAAAGUUUUCAUAGGAAAUAAUAUGGCAUUUGCUUUAUCCACGCUCUAUUCUUAGCAACACUCAAGGCUCCACAUGACAGAAUCAUUAUGAACUUGAGGAACUUGUAAAAUACUUUUGUACUCUUCAAAUCUUAGAACACAUCAAGAGUUUAUGCUGAGGAAAUUCUGAAAAUGUGACAAUAUAGGAAUUUUUUCAUUAAAGUUUUUACUUGUUCAGCCAUAAAUCCUUCAUAAUGAAGAUAAAAUGGUGAAGCCUGGAAAAGUUGAUAUUGUCUAACAGGUUCCUGGAGUUUGAAAUUAUCCAUUCUGAAGAGUUUAUUUAGCAAGGAAAUACACCACAAUAAUACCUUUAAGAAAUCCCAGAAACUGACAGGACUCAGUAUCCCAAACUCAAAUGGAGAAAGUCAGACAAAUCAUGCCACUUAUAAGAGGAUUUGACAAACUGAGCCACCAAGACAGUAUUCUCUUCCACAUGUAGAUCUGCAAUAUUCUUCAGAUGUCCAGUAUUCUUAAGCUGUAUCAGUGCAGGUUUUAAGCUUCACAAUAGCAACUGUUUGAGUCCCUUCUCCCAUAUUCUUUUCAGUAACUCCAAUAAAGGUCAUUGAUUCAUCAAA